AUGUCAAACACACCGCCUCGGAAACGGUCGAGAUCUGCUGACGGUGCAGGAUCUGACAGCGAAUCAUCCGACGACGACUUUGGACCAGCUCUGCCUUCAUCUGUUCCUCCCAAGAAAAAGCGGAAACUUCCCUAUGAGUCUUUGUACGUGAGCGCCUUGCCAAAGGGUAUCAGGUACUCCAAGUCAUUGAUGCAUAAGGAUCAGCUAUGCACCGUGACUGUCGCUCCUUCACCGGCUGACUUUGUCAUCACCACCUCAGUCGAUGGCGUGGUUAAGUUUUGGAAGAAAGUAGCCACGGGCAUUGAGUUCGCCAAAGAGUAUCGCGCCCACGAAGGUCGAAUAGUGAGCUCUACUGUCAGCGUCGAUGGAUCUUUCUUUGCUACCGCGGGCGACGAAAAUGACAAUACUAUUAAAAUUUUCGACGUGAUCACUUUCGACUUGUUGUCCAUCUUGAUCCUCGAACAAGCUGCCACUUGUGUCUGUUGGGUGCAUCGACGGGGUUCUUCACCGAUUCUGGCCGUGGGUGUGGGCAAGCAAAUUCAUAUCUAUGAUGGCCGUGGCGAUUCUCAGGAACCCAUGCACACGUUAUCCUCCCUCCAUCGCGCACCGGUCGUGGCGAUGGCAUACAACCCGGCUUUUGACUGUGUGGUGUCCGCAGAUUCAGGUGGCAUGGUUGAAUAUUGGCAGCCAGGGGACAACCAUGAAAAGCCCGAUACCGUGUUUAAAAUGAAGUCCACAACGAACCUGUUCGAUUUCAAAAAGGCAAAGUCUGCUCCCUGCUCCAUCACGAUCUCACCUUCGGGCUACCACUUUGCCACCAUGUCAUUUCCAGACAGAAAGGUCCGAGUCUUUGACUUUGCCUCCGGCAAGCUCUACCGGUCUUACGACGAAUCUAUUGAGACGAUAACAGCAAUGCAGCAAGCUGGUACGGCCCUUCAAAAGCUCGAAGAGGUGGAAUUUGGUCGCCGGAUCGCGGUCGAACGGGACCUUGACAGCCCGUCGGUCCGAUCGAGGAUCAAUAUUGCUUUCGACGAAUCUGGCCAUUUCAUCGCGUACGGAUCUUUGCUGGGCAUCAAGGUUGUUAACAUCCUCACCAAUCGAGUAAUGAAGGCUUAUGGCAAAGAUGAACCGUUCAGGGCACUGAACGUGGCUUUGUAUCAAGGUGCGCCUCAGAAGAAAGAGGUGGUCACGGUCUCCAUGGCGGCCAGCUCAAAUCCUCUGCUCAAUGAAGCGGAAGAAAGAGAUCCGAUGCUCUUUGCCACCGGAUAUGGCAAAGUUCGAUUUUAUAUGUUCACGAACGAGGAAGAGAUCAGUAAAUCGACUCGGGACUUGCAGAAUGAAAAACCGCGUGUGAUCGGAGAGAAGAAAAAGGAGACCAAGCAAACCCAGACAGGGACCUCUGCAGUUCUCCACACCACAUACGGUGACAUUUACAUCAGGCUGUUCCCCGAGAAAGCGCCAAAAGCCGUCGAGAAUUUUGUCGCGCAUUCAAGAAAUGGCUAUUAUAAUAACACCAUCUUCCACCGAGUCAUCAGGAAGUUCAUGAUCCAAGGCGGUGAUCCAUUGGGGGAUGGUACUGGUGGCGAGAGUAUAUGGGGAAAGGAAUUUGAGGAUGAAUUUUCCGAUCUCAAACACGACAAGCCGUACACGGUAAGCAUGGCAAAUGCAGGUCCCAAUACCAAUGGGUCACAGUUUUUCAUUACGACCGACAAGACGCCCUGGCUGGAUAAUAAACAUACCAUUUUCGGCCGAGCGUAUCAAGGGUUGGAUGUGAUUCACCAGAUUGAGAAUGCGAAGGUGCGAAAGGAAAAGCCAGAAGAGGAUAUCAAGAUCGUCAAUAUUUCGAUUAGCUGA